GAUUACUCAGUUUGCAAUGAGAUUCAAUAACAGGACAGUGGACACUACUUCAAAGAAAUCUACUUGUACAGUCGUCCUUCAGUUCAUCAAUGGCUCUUCAGCUCUUUGGUUAUAUUAUGUCCGUUACUGGACUGUGUGGCCUAAUUUUGGGCACAUUUACAAAUGAAUGGAAAAUCAUUGGACACGACAAUGACAAAACUGUGUUUGUGGAUGAAUACGAAGGACUGUGGAUGAAUUGCAAAAAAUCCUCUUCGUCUGUCGUGCAAUGCACAAGUUUCAAUUCUCUUCUUCAUCAAGCUUUUGAAAUUCAGGUGGGCCGAGUAAUGAUGAUAAUCAGCGUGGUCAUUUCAAGCCUCGGCGUGCUGGUAACCGUGUACGGCCUCAGGUGCACGAGAUGUCAAGACGAUAACACGCAGUCGAAGGACCGAAUUGCCUUCGCUGGAGGAAUCCUCUCUGUGUGCAGUGGUCUGUGUGCUUUGGGCAUAACCAGCUGGUUUAUUUAUGGAAUUGUUGCUGAUUUCUUUCAGAAGGACGAGGGGGAUAGGUAUGUGAUCGGCUGGUCUCUGAUUGGUGCAUUUGUUGCAUCUUUGCUUUGUUUUGUCGGAGGCAUGAUCGUAAGCGCCUGCAGUGUAACGCACCUGCGAUCCAACAAAAUUCUCAGCAAGCAUCCAGUCUCCAAGAUUCCUGGAAAAGAUUAUGUGUAAUAAUCCCGAGAACCAUCUGAAUAGCUGAACUGUUGUAUACAGUAUGCGCACAUAAUAUUAACCAUUUUGUUAAUAGAUAUGUAUAAAUAGAUUGCAUUUAGUUUUUGGUUUAUGUCAUAAUAAAAGGUUUUUUACAGCUUUGAUGUAUUUUUAGAUGUUUGGGAUGGGUCUCCACAUUCAACUUUGACCUCUGAGUCACUUAGCUUUUAAACAAGAACACUGUGAUUGCUUAACUAACAGUUCAGUGCUGACCGCAGAGGAAGUGAUGUCAUAUCCCAGUAACAUUAACUUUUACUAUUUUAAGAAAUGAGGAUGAUUCUAGGCUUAUAUAUCUUGUAAUAUACCAAUGCGUCAUUUAGAAAGCUUUGUUUGUUCGUUUUUUAUAGUUAAAUAUUUUUCAACAUUCAAUAAUUAUUCAACAUUCAGUAAUUAAUAAUUACAUAUAUACAUAUAAUAAUUACAACAUUCAGUAAUUAUUUUAUAAUUACAAAAUAAAGGUU